UGUAUAUGUACUUAAAUAAAACGAUAUAAAAUAAGUCAAUUUCAUUUUUGCGUUUGCGGAUUACUCGCUUAAACAAUCGCUGCGUUCGGCUUUCGAGUGGUGCAAACUCUUUCUGCAUCGUAAAUUUUUCGUUUAUGGGCUUUAGAGACGACACCGGUCGCUUGAUUAUUGCUCGCAGUACGUCGCGUCACGCACUGUAAACACUGCCUGCUCCCCGGCAAAGUCUGUGCAUCCAUCGUCUUGCACAAGCCGCGAGCAUUUACACAAUGCAUCAAGCGUGCGCCACUGCAUCAAUUGUGCUAGUUUUGCUUGAAUUCCUUAUUGCAGACAUUUGCUAGCAAUAAUUGUAAAGACAAAAGCAGCGGUGGCUAAACUAGCAACAACAGCAACUUUAACAACAAUAACAAAUAACACCAACAGCAACAAUCAACAGGUGUCAUUGCUUUUCUGCGCUGUGCUCUGUGUGUGUGUAUGUGUGUGGUGUAGCAUGGGUCGAUAUAAGGCUAUGCACAUACGCACGCACUUGCACUCGCACUCGCUUAAACGCAUACGCACACACUCACAUGAAUAUUCAAAGCAUUCGAAAAUAUUUGCAACUUUGGCGUCAACACCGAAAAAAUAGCUACGGCAAUAGCGACAAAAGACGGUUAUUGUUUUGUUAGCUGUUUUACUAUUUAAUGGUUUUCAUGAAUGGCCUGGGACCUGACCCUCUGCCAGCGAAGGAGGCAGAGGGACCUCCGGUUCAAAUGGAGCCAGUUGACCUUAGCUUACGUUCCCUACAAGGAUCUCAAUCACCAAACUACAAAUUGUUUGGAAGUAAACACAGUAAUGGAAGAGAUAAUCUUUACAGCACUUAUUCAAGCAUAAAAAGCGGCAAUGGCUACAACCACAAUUAUAAUCGAGAUCGCUUUACCUCCUCUACAUCAAGUUCCUCCUCUUCAUUCACCACAUCAACUCAGUUGCAAUCUAAUCGGCAGUAUUCAUCACCAUUCUCAUCAUCAACGGUUUCUAAACUUCCUAUAUCUCCGCUUUUAGCCACUUCACCUUUCCUUUUGCCAUAUCGGCGCAUAAAAGAAGAGAGCAACAGCAAAAGCAAUACUUUUUCAAAUAGCAGCAACCACAGCAUCAAUAGUGGACAUUUCAAUCAAAGUUUUAAUCAAGCAAACUCUCAACAUCACCGAAAUGCUGGAAGCAUAAAUCCAACUUCUUCCACAUCACCUGCUUUAUCAUCCACUGCUGAAAUACCGUUUUGUAAUCAUCCUCUUACAGCCGUCGCCGGCGUUGCUGCAGCACAAAGAACUUUUAGUUUGUUAAGCCUUUUCAAAAAUCCUUAUAAGUAUACAACAGACCGAAGGUCUUCACCGUUUAGCUCAAGAGUUUGGAGUUCCAAUGAUGUGGUAUUGCCUUCAGCUCCAUCAAAUGUUACUUCGAUGCUACAUGUUACUUCUACGUACAGUAAAAUGGCUCCAGGCCCAGUUAGCUCCAACACGAUAUCGCCAUGGAAGAUAAUGUCUUCAGCAACUCAGACUAAUCAAACAACGUUGAACCCCACCUUCCAAGGAUCAUCAAAUGCUGAUAGUCGCAAAAAUUCUUUCAGUAGCAUGGUAUUGAGAGGAGCUGGUGGCAGUAUGUUUGGACGAUCUGAGGAAUCAAGCGGAAUUAUUAACAAUAUCGGUUUUAGUGAUCUCUCUAAAAAUCGGAAAGUGCACAAAUGUGACACCGAGGGUUGUGAUAAAGUAUACACAAAGAGUUCUCAUCUUAAGGCGCAUAAACGCACUCACACAGGUGAGAAACCGUACGUGUGUAACUGGGAAGGCUGCAUAUGGCGAUUCGCUAGAUCGGACGAAUUGACACGCCACUACCGAAAGCAUACCGGCGUUAAGCCUUUUCGCUGCCAGCUCUGCGCACGCUCUUUUAGCCGUUCCGAUCAUCUAUCGCUGCACAUGCGUCGACACUAAAUUUCCAUCAAACAAAUAAGUAGAAAGUAAGACAGCGGCACAAUUUACUCACUAAUAUUCGUUUGCAACUACAGCCACUUAUUUUAGCAAAUUUUAGAAAAUUUUUUUAUUUAAUAAACUUAGCCAAUUAUCAUGUUUAGUCUCGUAAGUACAGCAUCUCAUGAGGCUAUGUUACCCACAAGUUGAAACAAAUGGCUCUAUGUAAACAUAUUCACCAAAACAUUACAUUUGUUAAAUUGUGUUCGGUUUUCAAAAUGGAAGUACCUAUACACGUAUACACAUACAUACCAUAUCACGUAUACUAUAAAAGCGCAUAGUUAACUAAAUGUCGUCAAUACAAUUGAGUUGAUAUACGAAUUUCAGAGAGAACUACAUAAAUAAAAUACAUAUAAAGAUCAUCAUUAUUAAGUAAAUGCAUACAUAUGUACAUAUCACUACAUAGUAUAAAACAAAGUCGCUUUUUCUGUCCCUAUGUCCCCUUGAAUGCGGUUUUUUUUUAAAGAUAGAUUGAUUGAAGAGGAAGGUUUAUAUCAAUAUAAUGUGAAGAAAUAUAUAAAGGGGGCGUGGCAAUCAGUCAAAAUGUGGCAAAAAAACAUAAUUUUUUUGUUUUCACGGCCAUAAAUCAUAAACGAAUCAACCAAUUAAAAUGAAACUUUCUUGAAGUUUAACUUUGAAAUAUUUACUUUCGUUUUGCAUCAAAAAAAAAAAUUGAUUUAUUUGUUAUUUAACCAAAAUUGUUUAAACAAAAGCAACUCUUUUUCCAAAAAAAGCUGUUUGUGUGUUUGUUCGCUGUCAACCGAAUGAAGCAACAGGCGUUAAGCGAUAAUCUCACCACACCUCAUUAAUGUUGAAUUACAUCGUAUGGUGACGUAUGUAUGUAUGUAUUUACGAAUCGCUCGCAUUAUUUCAUUUCGGAAGUAUGUACAUAUGUAUGUAUGUAUAUACUGAAUUUUAUGUAAUUAUAUGUACAUACAAUUUUACAGCGAAAUAAACCGCUAUUUUCACGUUCUAUAUUAGUAAAUCGCACAUAAUUAAA